ACGAGUCGAUUGCUUAAAAAGAGACCUCUAUAAAAGAGAUAAGAAAAAGCUCUUAUGGAGGGAAACUUCAUCAAAAAUCGCUUUUCGCCUUCGAUUCUCAUCUCUCUCGUCUCGUUGAUUUUGAUAUUUCAAAUGGCUAAAUCCUCUGCCUCAGCCUCCGCCGAACCCGAGGUUCAGAUCGUCUACAUGGAGCGCCCCAAGGACGUCGAUCCUGAGGCCUAUGAUAUUCAAGUCCUCUCCUCUGUUCUCGGCAGUGAGGAAGCGGCAAAGCAGGCGUUGUUGUACAGUUACAAGACGGCUGCCAGUGGAUUUUCGGCUAGUCUGACGCCGAAGCAGGUUGAGGAUAUCAAAAAAAAAGAAGGUGUUCUUCAUGUUGCUCCAAACAGGACAUUGCAGCUGCAUGGAGGAGCUGGAAACAAGCGGUUAACCAAGUGAAAAUUUCAUGUGUCUACUAAGACCAUUAUCUAUCUGAGACGUAUCUCACCUUGUAUAAACUAGUUUGACUUGUGUGCUUUACUUAAAUAAUGUUUCA